AAGGUCAAUGAAUAGCUAAACAAAAUGGCCGCUGAACGUAGAAAGGCGUGUCGCGGCUACUCCUAGCGAAUUACGCCGUCUCGGAAACCAUUGAACUUCAGUGAAAAAGUUUACGUGUUUUAUACUGCGGCGCUGCCGGGCUUCGCGUCUGCCCGCCGCCAGGCACCGGGGCUUCGCCCCCCGCGUCCCGCCGCGCGCGUUCGGAGCCCUCGCUCCAUCCGAUCCUUGAACGGAGUCGUUCAGGAUGUCUUCCAGACGCAACGGGUCCGUGUCCCGUGCUGCGGAGGCAGCCUCCAAGAACCGGUUGCAUAUGGAUAGGAAUCCGCAACACUCACGGAUCAACGAUCCGUCCAACCCGGCAGGCCGCCGGAAAGAGAUAGACAACGUCAUGAAGAGAGCUCGCCAGGGCUCACCGGGCAGCUGGGACCGGAAACUGCUGGAGGUCGAGGAGAAGGAUCCCAAUCGAUGGCGUCACACUGGAUACAAACAACUGUAUCUAGAAGGGUCGCGGUCGCCUUCCCCGCGCCGCUCCAGAUCCCCGGCAGUUAGGCGGUCCAGAACUCCUCUGCCGAGCCGUCGGUCCCGGUCGCCCGUGGUCCGUCGGUCCCGCUCGCCGGUAGGGCGCCGCUCGCCGCGCAAGUCGCGCUCGCGCUCCGCUCGCCGCAGCCCGAGGCGAAGCCCUAUCAGCAGACGCAGCCCAGCCCGCAGUCCUCGGCGCCGCUCCCCCCGGCCUCAGGCAGCGCGUCGCCCCGCCGCCCGCCCCGCCGCCGCGCCCGCCCGCCCACCACCAGCUCGCCCAGCCAGGCCGCCCUCGCCGCCAGAUCCUAGGAAGUCUUCCGGCUCCGGGUCGUCAGUGAGCAGUUGCUCGGACGAGUCGUGCUCCGUGUGCUCGGCCAAGAACAAGAAGACUGCGCCGCCCGCCAAGCCCGCUAAACCACCGCCUGCGGCAACGACAUCCCCGUCGCGUCCGCGUCCGGCCCGCGCGGUGCAACCUACCCGCGAGCUGCUGAAGGCUCGCGAGGCCAGCAAGCGCACCCGGGAAGAGAAGGUAUGUGCGCCUCAUGUCCUAGAAUGGCAACGCACACAAAUGGCAGUCCGUCCCGUGCCCACGACGCACAUCAAGCGCGAGGGCGAGCGGCGGCCCGGGCCCCCCGCAGCCCCACCCGGGCCCCCGGGCCCCGCACCGCCGCGGCCCUCGCGCCGGGACCCGCGCGCCGUGUCGCCCGCCGCCAUCGCUGCUGCGCUCAACGAUACGGAUAGCGAUAGCGAGUCGGAUGCUAGUUCGGAGCCGCAGCCGCAGAGGUUAACCCUCUCAGAGCGUUUCGGAAAGAUGGCGCAAUGGUCAGCAGACCGGUCCGCCCGCCUCGAGAACAUGCGCAUCACGCGGCGCGAGAGCACGCUGCACGUGCGCAUCGAGCGAGACGACGCCGCCCCGCAGGAACACGUCCCUAGCACUUACCCGGCACUCGAAGGUGCAGCCGCAGGCAGUUACCCUGAGGAACUGCUCCUAGCAGCCCCGGCCGGUCUACCAUCUUGGGACGAUGUGCGCGUCAGAUAUGACUACUAUAAGAAACGAGGGUAUCUUAGAGGUCUGACUCUGGGCGACUACGUGAAGUGGGAGGAAUGGUGGUACAAGUAUCAGGAGUGGCUCAAACACGAGCGAGCUUACGAGCGCUGGGCCGAGGGCGAGGUGGGCACGGUACGUCGCGAGCGUCGCCGCCGCGGCGGGCGCCACAGACGCAGCUGAGGGCGCGCCGCCCCCGCCGCCGUCCUGUCCGUGGACCUGGCGGCGGGGGCCCGCUCCGACGUCUGAGCGCAGCGCCGGGGCUCCGCCACCCUCCCCGGCACUCCUCACGUGCUCGGGGACACAUGUGCUUGACUUUGAAACCUAGUAAUAGUGUUAACAUAGUGACAACUAGAAGUAAAGAAGAAAAAUACAUCGAUCACAAAUAACUUGGAGAACUAGUGUUAGUAAUAGUGAACAAAUUAGUGUUUGUAUGUGAUGAAGUGUUGAACACUGAAAACUGAGUGAAAUACUGCUACUCAGCGUGCGGUUAGACUGGUAGCCGACCCUAACAUAGUUGGGAAAAAGCUCGGAAGAUGAUUAUGUGAUGUAGUGUUGAAAAACAGUGACAGCAUAUAUCAUCCUCCUGUCUUUAUUCCAAUUUUAUUUAGGGUUGGUGUAGCACGUUUGACAGUGACAACAUACAAAAGAUGUUUAUACAUAUAAUAUCUGUUUCCCAGAAGAACUCCUCAUAACCCGGAUAAAAUAUAGUCUAGUAUAGUAUGUUACUCUGGCUAGUGUAGCUUUUUUACAGUGAUAGAAUUUUUUAAUAAAAUUUUCAAAUUCUUCUUCUCAACUAUAUUAAACACACAAACACUACAGUGGAAAGUGCAUCAGAUAAAAAAACUGCAAUAUGCUGACCUCAAAAGAAAACUAUUUUUAUAGUGAUGUGUGUUAAAAAUAGUUUAAUAUACUAAUAUUACAGACAGACAGACACUAUAGUGUGAAAGUACUAUAUAAAUUGUUUACAAACUUCUACUGUGUUUGACUGUGCCACAUACAAAAUUGUUAAGUGUGAGGAACACUGUGGUUUUACAAUCAAAACUGAUAUAAAACUGUUGUAUUGUGCUUAAAAACUGUCUUAAAAUUGUCUGAAAAUUGAGUUCUCACGGUUGUUAAAAUCCUUAGAACUUGUGAAAAAAACAUUUAAGUGCACUUGAGCGAUCUUAGUGUGUUGAUUGAGAAAUCAGUCAGAGAGAAACUUAUGCAUUGUGUGAAUACUUGAUAAUGCUGUAACAGUGAUUAAAAAAACUGUGUAUAAACUAUACCACUGUCAAAAUAAGUGGGUUUUUGGCUAUAACAGUGUUAAAAACUGUAUUCAGCUGACUUUAUAAUAUGACAAUUUUACACAAAAUGUUGAGUGAGAAAUUGACACUACUCUCUUGAAGUGAAUAGACUCACUAGUUUGUGAAUUUCAGUGUAUUUUUGUGGUAGAUAAAGACUACCAUUUGUAGUGUGUGAAGAACCUUUAUAAUAUAUCCUGCCUGCCUUGUGAGGCGUGAACUAAUUUUGAACGCUACUAAAUGUUGUACUGUGAAAUCAUGAACUGUUUUCAAAAAUGUGUGAACAGUGAUAUAAAAAUCUUUCAAAAAAGGUGAUUGUGAAUUCAAAACUGUUUAUUAGGACUCCCAACAAAUUGGAAAGGAUAAAAAUAUAUUGUAAAGUUGGAUUGUAUCGUGUGUCUGAAAGUUUUGUGAACAAAAUUACCAAUAAGGUAUCAAUUUAUAGACAAUUAAAUAAAAAUCAUGUUUUCUUAAUGACUAUACAGAGUGAGAAAUACAAGUGAAUGAACGAUUUUUCUAUAAAAUUGAAGGUUUGUGUAGCAUCAAUACUUUUGAUGCUAAAGUAAAUGGUAUUAGUAUGGUGAUCUUUACAUAUAAAUAAAUGGACAAUUCUUUCUGUAUAUACAACUCUUGUAAAUUAACUUUACCGCUGUGAAGUUGGUAACUAGUGGCUGUGCAAGUCAAUAUUACAAACAAAAUUCUUCUGCAACGAGUUAAAGAGCUGACUUCACACAGGUAUAGUUAUUUUAUGAGAGCUGUAAUGUUAAAAAUCUGUGGAUUUGCUUACUAAAGAGUUUGAUAUUGACAUAUGGACGAUAAUCGCGAACUUUUAGUAAGUUAAUCUGUAGUGUAAAGUUGUACAAUAUUGAUUAAAACAUUGUAUAUUUAGACUGCAUCUGAUCUCUCCGGUGGUAUCGGAUUGUCGUCCCAUCGGGCUAUGAGAGUGAAGAAAUAGUGAGUGCACCUGUGUCUGCACAAAUGCUUGUGCACUAUAAUAUGUCCUGCGCAACUGGCUGAUCUUGAGAACAGUCUAAAUAUAGUCUGUUUAUUAGAAUCUGCGAGUUGUAAUGUUAAAACUUUUUCCAUAAAACAUCUAAUGUGUGUAUAGAAAAUAACAUAAUGCAAGAUUGAUUUGUUCAGAAAUUCAAAUUAUGGAAUAAAAGUCUUGUCAAAUAAGAUUGCCUCUGUGAAAUGCUGUGCACAGCAAUUUUGACUACAGUGAAGUCACUUCUAGCUAACUUCGGAGCGGCAAACUUAUAUGAAGAGAAAUUGUAUGAGGUUUAGAUAAGAGUGAACUAAACAAACUUUGCUCUUUUGAAGACUUCUAAAGGAUUGGAAAAAUCUUAGAAAUUAAAAAAAAGCUAGUUGUAAACUCUAAUAAUCAUGAAAUAUAAUCGAAAAAAAUACAAGUAUAUGUAAAAUAAUUUAUAAAAAAAAUAUAGUAAUAUAGAGAUUUUAAUAUUGUUAUCUUUAAAAUGUUUUUUCUGUCUGUCUGUUACCAAAAUUGGUAUUUUAUGAGUUCUGACUCUUAUCAGACAAAAAGACCUCAGUAAAUCAUCUCGAAACUAUAUAAAAAAUGAACUUAAUAUUGUUGAAUGAACAUGAAUUAAACCUUAAAGAAUAGCGAUCAAAUGACUAACUUUUACAGCGAGUUACACCAUUUAACUAUAACGUAAAAGUCGUGGUGGCCUAGUGGGUAAAGAACCAACCUCUCAAGUAUGAGUGGAUUCCAGGUCAGGCAAGUACCAAUGCAACGUUUCUAAGUUUGUAUGUACUUUCUAAGUAUAAACGGUAAACUGUAGGUCUCGGAUGUCAUUAUACAUCUUUGGCAGUUGUUACGGGUAGUCAAAAGCCAGUAAUCUGACAACCAGUUUUUACUAGGGGUAUUGGGUUGCCUGAGUAACUGGGUUGAGGAGGUCAGAUAAGCAAUCGCUCCUUGUAAAACACUGGUACUCAGCAGCAUGCGGUUAGAAUGGAAGCCAACCCCAACAUAGUUGGGAAAAGUUAGGCAACUGAACCAUUUUCAGUUGUCAAAUCGCCGAUACAAUGGGCGAUAAGUAUACGGCUGGUUAUGGUUUGGUGAUCGUUAUAGUUAAAUGGGUUAACUCGCCCCUAGUAUGUAGAUAAUUAUAUUAAAAUCAUGUUUAACUGACUUCAAAACUAAUAUUAGUUUCGGAGCCACUUUAUAAGUUAUAAAAUUAAUUACUGUUCAGUAAUUUCGCUUAAUAAAUUGUAAAUAGACAUAUUUACCUAA